ACAUGUCAAGGAUCUCCAUAGUUCCAUCCCGUCAGUUCGCGCACAAGCUGGGACGCCAGAAGCGACAACAACGAGGCCGCAAGAAGAAACGAUAGCCCACGAGCCGAGCUGCAAGCAAGCACGUACAACCGCCACGACGGUCAACACGUCGUAACAGCCACGACCACUGCCGAGAGACAUCGUAGGAGGAAACACCCAAUUCCUCUCCUCGUCGUCGGAAUCCAGGGGCAGGGUGCAAAGAAAAAAAAAAAAAAAAGUAACGAUUUGUCGCUGGCCGAUUAAUCAGUCCUUGAUCAGUUUUUUUUUUUUUUUCCGUCAGUUAAUUAAGAGUCUUCGCCGUCAUGCACGACGACGAGACCAUCGCCAUGCACGCCCCGUUCUGGGCAUUCUCGGGAGCGCACCGCCCCGUCGAGGAGAGCACGGUGGACAGCAGCAGCAGCGGCCGCAAGGCUAAUAACGCCGGCGGCGGCAUUGCCAACAAGUACAGCAUCGAGGCCGGCGCCGCCGGUGGCGGCGGGUCCGCCGCCGCCGCCGCCGCCGCCGCCGCGCCGGGCAAGGGCAGCAGCGGCGGCAGGGACGUUGUUGUCAACGGACACGAGGGAGACAUCGCGGACAACGUCGACGGUUUCCUCGACGAGUUCAUGGCUCUCGCCGGUGGUAACGACGAGGACUACGGUAUGAUGUUGGAGGAGGGGGGUGGAGGAGGCCCGGCCAUCUCGGAGGAAGACCUGGUGUUUCUGGCCGACAUGGACCUAGCCGACUUCCUGCCGCCGGCAACAACGGCGGAGGACGGCGGCGCGCUGCUGUCUCCUUCCUCCGUCCACGAAAUGGAGACCGUGCCGAGUGAGGGCGGAGGAGUGUCAUCAGAGCCGGUGAUGACGGCUGCGGCGGGGGGAGGUGGUGUGAUGGGUUCGCCGGCGGCGGCGACAGUCGCGGCACCGGGGGUCGAGACGGAUGGAGGAGGGGCGGCAGGGAGGACGGGGAACGCUAACAAUCAGCAUGCUGCUGCUUCUGCUGCUGCUGCUGCUGCUGCUGCUGUCACCGACUACGGUAGCGGCGGCGGCGGCGGCAGCGAUGCCGCCGCGGCCAUCAGCCUUAAGGAGCAGGUUCGGCGGCAGAAGGUCGCUCGGUACCUGGCCAAGAAGCAGCGGCGCUGCUGGUCCAAGCCCGCGGCCUCGUCGUACCAGAGCCGGCAGCGCGUCGCCAACUCGCGGCCGCGGCACAAGGGCCGCUUCCUGCCCCUCGAGUCCGAGUUCGUGCCUAUCGCGGAGCUGCAGCGGCGGCAGCGGGCGCUCAUGGUGCAGAUGCGAGAGAAGGCGGCAGCGGCGGCGACGGCGGAGGCAACAGCGGGGCCAACAUCAGCGGCAUCAACAACAGCAAGAGGGACUGCUGCCGUGGGGGCUCCGUACGGGGCGGGCGUCCCCCCUCCCCAAGAGUUUAGUUCCCAGUGUACCAUUUAAAUUAUGAGACUUUUUCGGGAUGGGGAGGCACUGCUCUCAUCAUUUUUGUCUUUCUGUCCGUUGUCAGCGCGGAAGAAAGGUUUUGGCUGGUUUUGAGUAUGAUGUAGGCGGGGCAGAAAUGCCGCGAGUGCAUAGAAAUCGUUCGCAACGUGGCUCGAUUCACGUCUGGGGCACACGAGUGUAGUUUAUAGGGAGGCUUGUCAGAGUUGUGUGGCCUAGAGAGCAGUGUCGCGGCUGGAAUCCUUGACAACGGGAGCACGUAGAUACAGCAGCAGUGUGGGAUGAUGCUGUUGGAUGUAUAUCGCAGCGCCGUAACUACUGCUGGUCUCGUAAAUCGUGGUGCCAUUUGGUAGGGUAGGGUAAAAGGCCGAAAAUGACGCCGAUGAAGGAUAAAAGGCGACGGGAAUCCCACAAUCGUCUUGUGUUCGGUAUUUUAACGCGAGUAGUAGACGGGCGGACGCGGCAUGAACGUGGUUGCACUUUUUUUCUUCUUGCUGCGGUCGUCAAUAAACUUUUUAGACAAUUAGCUUGGUGCCUUUCCCGAGAAUUUUGAUGGUGGUCUGGGGUUACUUUGUUGCAUGGUUGAGUUGUGUCGCCUGGCUCGUUCGAAAACGUUCGGUGUCUGCAGCGUGCAUCCGCAACUAUGGUUAUUUAUAUCGGUUUUUGUUGUUCUGGAGUGUGGUCAACCACCUGCGCGUGCUGGCAGAACGGGCGGAGGUGACGGGCAAUGUAUGCUACAUGGUUGUUUGUUCAUGUUUGUCUUCCGGGCGGGUGUAGCGAGAGAGUUCCGACGUUGUGGAAGAGAGUUGAGAAAGCGACCAAUUUUAUGC